CGUUUCUUCAAUCUUCUUCUCUCUCAAAUUUCUCUGCUAGAACGAAGUGAAAAGACUGAAAAGGGCUUCAAUGGCGAAAUUGGUUCUGCUAAUUGCUCUGUGUGUGUUGUCGGCUCUGGCCGCAGCCACGGGUCCCAUGAAGACCCCGUUCACGGUGGAGGGGAAGGUCUACUGCGACACUUGCUGCGCUGGGUAUGAGACCAAAGCCAUCACCUACAUUGUCGGUGCCAAGGUUAGACUGGAAUGUAGAGACAAAAGCAGCAUGGCACUCGUGUACACCAAAGAAGGAACAACCGACUCAGCAGGUUGCUAUAAGAUCCUGGUCGCAGAGGACCAUUUGGACCAGUUCUGUGAUGCAGAUACAAGUUGCUACUGUUUUAGUUUCUCUUUGCAAAGAGAAUGA